AGGAUUGCAAGUGUGCUUCCCGGCCGACAAGAUGAGCCGAUUCAGUGCCAGAUUCAGCAGGUGUCUAUGAAAGACACAAGUGUGCGCUUCAUCGCUCUAUCCUAUUGCUGGAAUACCACGUCCGCGGAGGAGAUCAUCUGGGUUGACGGCAGGCCACUCAAGGUCACCCCAAAUCUCUAUGCCGCCCUUCGUAAUGCUCGCGCAACCACAACGCGUGUCAAUUUGUGGAUCGAUCAAAUAUGUGUAGAUCAGCAGAACACCAUUGAUCGCAAUGAGCAAGUUGGCAAAAUGGGAGCAAUAUUUCGAGCAGCUAGUGGAGUCAUCGUUUGGCUUGGCCAAGAGGGCCAUGGUACUGCUGCUGCCAUGGAGUUGCCAAAGCGAAUAAGACACCUUACCGACCGCACCAAAACGCCUCCAGAGUGUCCUGUAUGGGGAGAAGGGGCGUGGCCUGCUUUCAUCAUGCUGCUCACACGACCCUGGUUUCGACGUCUAUGGAUCAUCCAAGAAAUCGUGUGC